GGGGAGGGAAGGUCUGACGGAGCUGACCCAGCCUGCGGGACUCAGUCUGGCCCAAACCCAGUGACCGACAUCUAAGGGGAUUCAACACUCUAAUGCUCCAGUCUCUCUCUCUGCCAGCAACAGACUAGCCCACCUCACCAGGUAACACUUCUCUCUUUAAAUACCUUGAGAUAGCGGUUUAUAUGUUUGUAGAUGUUGUUGUUGAAAGAGUGUGCAUGCACUCAGACAGGACCAUCGUGUGAGACAUGAUGUUUCAGCAUAAUUUUGACGAGUAGACCUUUUGCUAUUGUAAUGGUUGUAUAUGUUGAUUUCACCCAACAUGAGUGCUGUGGAAAAAACAUCUGUGUCCUUAGCUACAAACAGUAGGCACACAGAGCACGCCAGUGUUCUCAAAUAUGUAGCCUUUGCCUGCAAAAACAAACUUCAAAAACAGAUCUUUGUUUGUGAUUGAGAUAUUACAUACUCCACGUCAGGUGAGUGGACAUGCGACCUCUGUCAGCUCUUCAGUCCCUCACCCUCUCCGGGAACCCUCUGACCUCUGACCCCACUACACCCACUACACCCUGGCCUUCCUCCCUCCCUCGUUUCCACUCGAUUCCACAUGAUCUCCCGAGGAGAGAGAGGCAGUGGGUGAUAUGUUCUCAGAGGCACUGGCGGACGGUUGAGAGGAUGAGUGAGAGAGAAUUCAGUCGCAGGAGAGAAGAGCUGUGAGGCUGAGAGACAACUGCAAGGAGACUACAGGCGGCGCCUACAUGGACGGUCUCCAGGGAACUGCUCUGUUUGACUCCAUGUUUGAGGAAGAUGGAGAUGCAGAGAGGAUCUCUCUCAUGCCUGAUGGGGCUGGAGGAGAAGAAGAAAGAGAGAGAGAGGUGGCUUCGUUCCAAUGUUCACACCAGCAGGCGACUUCCUCCAGCCAGCAGAGAUCAGUGAGUAUUGUCACCGCCUUUGAGAGCAAGCUGGUACCAGGGGCCAGUUCUCAGCUGAUAUCAUCAUUGGAACACGACCUGAUGAGAGAGGAGAUGACGACUAGUGGAGCAGCUAGAUUUCUGAGAACUAAAUAUUCCGAGACCUGCAUGACUCAGCUGCGAGAACUGGAGAACACUCAUCAUGAGAAGGUCUCGGAGAUGGCUCUGCAGUACCUGGAGAAUGCCAUAAAAGGCAGUCUGGAGGAGGAGCCUCCAGAACAGCUCAGGAAGUUGCUGGCAGACAAGGACACGUUGGUGAGUGCCCUCAACACCUCCCACGACACCCACCUCCUUGCCAUCGACUCCAGAGAAGAUAGCAUCGCCAACAGAGCCAAGGCCGACCUGUCUCGGCUGCUGGAGUCAAUGGCUGAGGCUGAGCUGACUCGCAACAGACGCAAGGUCACCGAGAUGAAGGAGUUUAUGGCCUGGCACAGAACAGAGGCAGACAGCUCCACCUAACUUUCUCUCUCAGAAUACACUCCAUAAUUAUGUACAUCAUUAUUAUCAUUUUGGGCAAGAAGGAGCUAACUAACUAUCACUAAGUACAACAGAUUGGUCUUUCAUGUAUGUCAUAAUGAUGUAAUUAACAACACCCUGUAAGGAAAUUUGGACCGUCCACAGGGUUGUUAAAUGA